AGAAUGGUCAUUUCAAGAAAGCCCGAUUUUAUCACGAUUUACCUCCACGUCAAGAGCGUGAGCAUUGUAUGACAGAAGAGUCCUUUGUCCCCGCUCUGGCCAUGCUUCCGUCUGUCGAAAAGGAUCUGGAACAAUACUCAGAGCCAAGUACAUACGACAAAUAUAGCCCCAGCUGCAGGAGCAACUCAGUGGAACGAUGUUUCUCGAAGGCAGUUUCUUCGCCCAGCUCGGGGCCGACAACUCCAGGUCUUGAUGUCAUUGAUCCACGAAUCCUCAACUCUCCUAAGUUUGACAGGGAUAAUGCGCACCAAUCUUGUGUUCAAGCUGCCAUGCAAUCAAACUCGCUCACUUUCCCACCAAAAGUCUGUGAGGCCACCAAAAUGCCUGUCAGUGGUAAGAACCAGCCGCAUCCUCCUGUUUUAGGCUUUGCCAAUCAGCCUGUUGGAUACUAUGCUGUCACUGAAACCACCGAGAAGAGGAAAGAUUUGCAAGACUCCCUCACCUCUUUGUCUAACUGUGAACAAGCUACUGCGGACUUCAACGGCGACAGUCAUUCACUAACACGCGAAGAAGGCGGCGGGCAAAACCUGCCUUGCGAUGAUCAAGUCCCUCGCAGCAGCCCUCGCAGAGCCCUCGCUAGAAUCAAGACACAAAAUCAGACGCCUCAGCAUCAUGCAGAUGGUUUGAGCAGUUGUAAACCCCGCCAGAGGUUUGAUGCGAAGAGCAAACGGAAGUUGCGUGAUUUACAGAGGAAGAAUUUGACCCUGAGGCAGAUCGGACCUCAUUUUGCGGAUGUUGAUAUGGCGUUACUGCGACAGGCUUGGAUGGAAUUGAAGCCUUCUCAGAGAUGCACCCGAUCUCGGGCUAAUUUGAAGGGCAACUAG